UAAGCAGCUGGCCAGCGGUCAGGCGCGGAGCUGCUGUCGCUGACCUCGGUGCUGAACACGACGUCAGAUGAACUUGCUCUCAUCACAGGAGACACCAUCCAGCCUCCCUCCCUCUUUGAUUUAAUGCUUCUGUUCCAACGCCCCAUUUUCUUAUUUGGCUUUUUAUAUUUAGCAGUUUUCUCAUGCGGUAGAUGAUCGCUCUGUUUGGUAUUUUUGUUGAACCCACACUGCUCUCUCCGUACGCUGCAGGCUCUCACUUUCGCUCGUCUUUGGCGGUGAUGGCACUUUGUGCGGCUACUGUACUCCAGGCGGGAGGAGAGCUGCUGGUGGAUGGAGGCGCGCACCUCGUUUGAAUUCCUCUCUUUGUCAAAAGGGGUUUUCGUCACGAGGUUUUGUCACAAUUGCGCUGAAAAUUAAACUCGCCUGCUGGAUCGUCGUCUCCCUGGGCUCAGACUCCCUCCACCUUCGUUUUGUCGCUUUCCUGCCGCUAGCCGCGGCAGUCGGCCAUCCUGCGCUGUAACAUGAUGCCGAGACAGUAAAAUUAUUAUUAUUAUUAUUAUUUAUUUAUUUUUUUUUAAAGAACAGUCAACACACAAAAACUGGACAUGGAGUCCAUGAAGACAGGGGUCAAGGACUUUGCAGGGAAGACCCUGGGUCAGAUACACAGGGUGAUAGAAAGGAGGCAGAAAACCGGGGAGGUGAUCGAGCUGACGGAGGAUGGGCGGCCUCGGGAGGCCGCGGAGAAAAAGCCCCCGCUGUGUGACUGCACGUGUUUCGGUUUGCCGCGCCGCUACAUCAUCGCCAUCAUGAGCGGCUUAGGCUUCUGCAUCUCCUUCGGCAUCCGAUGCAACCUGGGCGUGGCUAUCGUGAGCAUGGUCAAUAACAGCACCGUCCACCAGAACGGCAAGAUCAUCAUCAAGGAGAAAGCUAAGUUCAACUGGGACCCGGAGACAGUGGGAAUGAUCCAUGGAUCUUUUUUCUGGGGCUACAUUGUGACGCAAAUCCCGGGAGGAUACAUUUCCUCGAGGCUGGCAGCAAAUAGGGUAUUUGGUGCAGCUAUUGUCCUCACCUCCACUCUCAACAUGUUCAUCCCCUCUGCUGCUCGAGUCCACUACGGGUGUGUUAUUUUUGUCAGAAUAUUACAAGGACUCGUUGAGGGAGUGACUUAUCCAGCCUGUCAUGGCAUCUGGAGCAAGUGGGCUCCACCAUUAGAAAGGAGUCGCCUGGCUACCCUCUCAUUUUGUGGCUCUUAUGCUGGUGCUGUGGUAGCGAUGCCUCUGGCUGGAAUCCUGGUCCAGUACACUGGAUGGUCCUCAGUGUUUUAUGUCUAUGGAUGCUUCGGCAUUUUCUGGUACAUGUUCUGGAUCCUUGUGUCUUACGAGAGCCCUGCUGAUCACCCUUCCAUCACUGAUGAAGAGCGUGUCUACAUAGAGGAGAGCAUUGGAGAGAGUGCCAAGUUGAUGGGUCCAUCAGAGAAAUUCAAGACCCCUUGGAAGAAGUUCUUCACCUCUAUGCCUGUCUAUGCAAUCAUUGUGGCGAACUUCUGCAGGAGCUGGACCUUCUACCUGCUGCUCAUCAGUCAGCCUGCAUACUUUGAGGAAGUGUUUGGCUUUGAGAUAAGCAAGGUGGGCAUACUCUCUGCCCUCCCUCACUUGGUGAUGACCAUCAUUGUGCCCAUCGGCGGUCAGCUGGCCGACUACCUGCGCAGCAGGAACAUCUUGACAACAACCACUGUCAGGAAAAUAAUGAACUGUGGAGGAUUUGGCAUGGAGGCCACAUUGCUGCUGGUGGUGGGGUAUUCCCACAGCAAAGGGGUGGCAAUUUCCUUCCUUGUGCUGGCAGUGGGCUUCAGUGGAUUUGCCAUAUCAGGCUUUAAUGUGAACCAUCUGGACAUCGCUCCUCGUUAUGCCAGUAUCCUAAUGGGCAUAUCUAAUGGUGUUGGUACCUUGUCUGGGAUGGUGUGCCCUCUAAUUGUUGGUGCUAUGACAAAGAACAAGACUCGAGAAGAGUGGCAGUACGUAUUCCUGAUAGCCUCCAUGGUGCACUAUGGAGGAGUUGUCUUCUAUGGGAUCUUUGCCUCUGGAGAAAAACAGCCAUGGGCCGACCCGGAACUCACUAGUGAGGAAAAAUGUGGCUUCAUUGAUGAAGAUGAGCUGGCGGAGGAGACUGGUGACAUCACCCAGAGUUACGGAGCUUUUGGGGGUGCAGCCAAAACGUACGGUGCGACCACACAGGUGAAUGGAGGCUGGGCAACCGGCUGGGAGAAGACGGAGGAGUACGUUCAAGAGGAAGCACAGGAAGGAGGCUAUGGAUACAGGCAGGAAGAAGGGUAUUCUUAGGCCAAACACAAAGUUUUGUGAUACAUGAGUUGACUUUGUUUCCUGAGUGUGCAUCAGUUUUAGUCCUAAGAAUAUCAACAAAUGAGAAACAAGAGAAGCUACAAUCUAUUGUCUUAUUGUUUGCACAGAAAAACCCUAAAAAAUUAUCAAUUCAGUGUACAAAUUACUAAUAUAUAUAAGUACAUAUAUAUAAGAAGAAGAAUACAACAUUUGAUGACUAGAGGUGUAGCACAUAUCAAUUUGGCAGUAUGUAAAUGUACUAUUAUGCAUAUUAAUAAUAGAUAUUUAUUUGGAGUGCAAUUGUGUGUAAACUUGUACAUCUUCAUCCCAUCAGCUGAGGCUUUCUGACCACACUGAAGCCUGUAGGAUUACAUGAAAGCACACUGGUCAGCUAAACAUUUAGUGAACAACAUCCAAGAAGCCAGCCAUCUCAGUGUAGAAAUAUGUUAGUACAUAGCACUGUAAACAGGAAUUAAACUCUCUGUUGUUAUAGAUUGUACUGUAUCUCUUCUGAAAUGCGUGUCCUUGCAGUGCACCAAUAUUAUUUAUUUUCCUAUCACUGGCUUUUGGAUGUGAAUAACCUCUAGAUUAGAGAUUCAACAAGUAACAAAUUGAUUUUGAUGAAUGUUUUGGUAAAACAAGAGGUUACUGAAAUGUUUUUACUUGUCAAUUUGAUAACUGAGCACAUCUGCAGUUUACUGUUUGAUUUCUGCAAACCAUUGCAUCAUAAUGUGCUUUAUUCCAGUAAUUAUUCUGCCAAACCACAUCGAGUUGAACUAAUGCAUUCUUAAAGGAGUUUUUUCAAAUCAAACCUAUGAGACAGAAAUAUUAAAGAGUAAAUAUAUAUGAGUUUGAGGAUUAAAUAUGCACCACAUGGGACCAAGAUGUCAAAGGUCAAACUUGGCCUUAAAAUGGGUUUGUGCAAUGAAAAAGUAAAAAAAAAAGAGACCAAAAUCAGUAUGGAAAUGGUGAUAUUACACGGCCAAAAACCUCAAAUUAUUUCUUAAAAAUAAAACAUAAUAUUUAAUAAAGUAAAUAUGCAUAUAGUUGUUGAGCAGGUAGGUAACUUUAAAUGCAUAUUGUUAGGGUUCAUACUGAAAUAUAGCAGGACCCCAGAGACUAAAAUUUAAUGGAACCAUAAUAUUAAAGAUUCAUGACAUUCAGGGUAAUUUCUUGUAUUUUUUUUAUUCAGUUUUUAUAUUUCAAUAAAUGAAGGUAAAUAGGUUUCAUUAGCUAUUGGCAGAGAAUCCUUUCUUUACAAUAUAUGUAAUUAAAUAAGAGUAAAAUAUGGUUUAAAUGUCAUGCAAUGUAAUUUUGCACGUUAUUCAUCAUACAGUUUGAGGUCAGUUGGCACAAAUCUAAAUAUUCAUAUUUUUCCCAUCAUUUUUCCUCUUUUUUCAUCUUGUUGAAAGUAAACAAAAGUUGGAUGAGUUAAUAUCUUAAGAUUAAUACAGAAGUUAUGAACAUUCCUACACAAGUAUUUGGUAUUUGUUUACAUAUACACUUAAGACAUUUUACCAGAAUAAAAUAUUUUUAUUUAUAGAAUGAAUAUACAGUUGAAGUGGCAAUCACUGCUGUGUAAAAUUUAGUUCUUUUUUAAACUUCUGAUUGUUCUUUUUUUUUUUCCCCAUUAUUGAAUGGAAGUAAGAAUGGAGAUUUUAUGCUUCACUGACAGUUGUAAAACUAUUGCCUUUAUGUUUGCAAAUCUGGGGAGACGUUUUCUAUGGAGCCCUCCAGGUGGCAGGAGUCGGUAUGAAAACAUCAAUCUAGUCUGUCUCCUAAGAUAUAACAGAUGUGGAAAAUAUUUUUCUGCAGUUUAGGAGGUUAUGGCUAAAUUGUUUCUUCCAAGCUCAAUAACUUCUGAACAAGUUGUCAAACCAAGCACAAAGGCAGAGAAGUCAUAUUAUGAGUUGGAAGACAUUAAAUAAAGUGAACUCAAACUAGAAAUUAUACACGAGACCAAAAUUAUACAUGCAUGUGUGUUUCCAUACAUAAACCUCUGAUUACAAUUUACAAGUCUUGAAUAUCCGUUGCCUUUUUUUAAUGCUGGAGUUUAGGUUACUUUAAUUUUCCAGUGUAUGUCUACUCCUCCACUCUGCUGCAAUCCACAACCUACAGAUUACUAAACUGAGAGAACGUUUCAAGAGCUUUUUCUUUGUCUCUGUCUGGGCGCCAUAUAUUUCUCCCUGGAAAGAACAAACAACAUGCAUUACAAUCACCUUUUAUUUUCCUUCUACAUUUUCACUGAUAACGUCUGAAUGGGGUCAACUUGAUUUGUUUUUGUCACUUAUUUGUGAAGACCUCUUGUCAGCACAAAGUAGAUGUGUGUGGAUGUGUAUUUAUGCAUGGAACAAAGUGAAAUUUGUACAUAUUUGUAUGUCCAUUUGUCUCUGUUUCUUUUAAACUUGUCUUUGUCUCAGAAACUGUUACUGAUGCUUCGAUUUCUUUGCACAAUUAACCAAAGGUACAUUAAAAAAAAGAAAACAACAAAAUGAAGCUUUAUUUCAGCUAAAAGUCUAAUGUUUCAAGGUAGAACAGGCCGUCAAUAAUGAGGCUCCACCACAGUUAGCCAGUAGUGUGCAGGUGAUACCAAACACCCCUCAGUGUACAAAGCAAUAAAUUCAUAGUAACAGCUCUGAUCAAAUGUCACAGACAGUUAUGAUUUUGCAUAUUUUUUAUGCAUUUCUUUAGAAGUCGUGUUUUUAAAUGUAGAAAAGAAACACUUGUAAAGAAAAUCUAUGUGUAUAAAUAUAUAGUUGUAGAGUCCAACACAAACAGCUUUGAUGAGAAAAAGUCAAUGCGUUUGUGAACGGGCUGCUCACCAGAUGAGAAUGAUAACAAAGAGCUCCACCUGAGAGGUGGGCGCUCUUCUUCUUGUUUCUGAUUUUUUGCUUUGGUGUCGUCCACACUGAAUGUGUUGCUGUGCUGCUGUUCUUCCUCUCUGUUUCACUCGUUCUCUCUCUUUCUCUUUCACUCUCUUUCUCUCUCUGCUCACCUCCCCGAUUUUCCUCUGCAUUUAGUUUGAUUAGUGUCUUUGAUUCAGUAGACGGACUCUCCCUCCAUCAAACCCCAUGUGCAUUCCUUCCCUUGUACAGCAUUUCACUGUCACUAUGUUCACUGACAUUGCAGCUGAAGUCUAAACAUGCAAGUUUUGACAAAAACGACAAAUGUGCAACAUGAAAUAGUGAGACGUUUCCUGUUUUGUGCCUCAAAGUUACUGCGUGAUUAUAUGCUUCUGUUGGUUUGUAAAUUGAGAGGUUUGUAGAUGUCAAAAUGAAAUAAUAUAUUUCCUUUUUUGCUAUAAAAAAGUAAACAAACCUGUGUUUGCUUGGAGUAUCUGUGUCAACAAGUGCAGUAAGUGCAGCUGCUUUGUGGUUUACGUUUAAGUUUAUUUUAUGGUCAUGUUUAGACAACCCACUUAUUUACACAUUGGCAAUUACAGAGUUACAAUAUGAAUAAUUUGGACUGCAAAUCCAAUAUUCACUUCCCACUUUAAUCUAUUCUUUUCCUGAGGGAACUGUCUACCUCCUUAGCUACUAAAUAUUUCAGUGCCAAAUGGAGUCAAUGAAAAACCCAGUUAGCACCAUUGCAAGAAGCUUCAAUCCACAGAACAAUUAGUCAAAGCUUAUUACCUAGAUGCAACAUUAGCUGUUUUCUGUGUUUUUCAUUCAUGAUGGCAAUAAAUGCCCUAAAACCAAAGGACAUGCUUAAUAAAUUCAUAAAGUGUGUUCCUAUUGUAUUUCUGCAGACAACUGCUUGACAACACCUAAAAUAUGAUGAAACAAUAAUCAACCCUCCUAUUGAGUAAAAUGAUGUGGAAAUAUCAUUAGGUGAGGAUCUCUGUCAGUCUGAGCAGAUCCAGAGGCUACAGGAAGUGCACAGUUAAUGGCUGCCCUCCUUCUCCGUCUGUGAAAUCAAUAAGGUCGGUCCCCAGUGUUCGGCUGGACCUAUUGACCACUCCAAGUUCUUAAUGGAGAUGAGAGGAAGGGGGAGCACUUACUGAGCUAUUUGGAUGUGUUGUGAUUUGUGAUCUGGCAGCAAACUAUGCCUACAAAUCUCAUACAUGUUGUGGACAAUCAGAAAUAUCACAGCAAAAGAGAUCUUUAAACUGAGCAUGCCUACAAAUAUGCAGUUUUAAAUUAUUUUUGAUAGAAAUAGAGUAAUAAGUGCAGAAAGGAAAUAUUUCUCUUCCCAGUGUCACUCUCUAGCUUGCUUUGAAGGGAUCCAAAGGUGUUUACAGACGAGAAAGAUAUACAGUCCCUCUAGUGCAUUCUGCUCCAACGCUCCUUAAUCAAACACCUGAUUACCUUCUUGGCAUGUCAGCAAGUUUUGUAACAGUCUGGUCACUAAACAUUUAUGUGAUUCAGGUGUAUUGGAGCAGAGAUGCAUCCAAAAGUUGCAGGACAGUGGGAUUUGAGAACUGGGGAUGUAACUCCCAGGUCUAGCGAGCUUUGAGUCCAAUCCAUGGUCUCCUUUUUUAUGUCCAAAAAACCUCUAAAGGAAGAUUUCCAGAUUGGAUGCCCAAUACCACUUUAACUGACUACUUAUAAUAUGAAUGUGCAGUGGUUCUCUUCCCAUCAACACACUAACUUAAAAGUAGAGACAAACAUCAUAAAGUACACAUUUCAGAACCUUGGUGAAAAGGAGAGGUUAAAGUACUAUUAUUGUCCUAGAGACUUUCUUGAUUUGGUUUUCUGGAAAAGAUGUUUGUAAAAAAAACAACAAUAAAAAAAAAAAACUAGUUUGUUAGGUGAAGGCUGUGGUAAAAUGUGGCUCAAGAACUCAGAUAUCAAUAAUGCACAACCACAGAAAACAUGGUAUCUUGUCCUGGGGGAGAAAAAUCUAACCUUGGUUGAAUGGCCCAAGAAACAUGACAUUCUGGCUCUCUGCAGAUAUAAGAUCUUUAGUUUCCUAUUUAUAUGAAGCUGCAUUAAGUAGCUUUACAUGUUUUACCAUCGACAUACAUCUCUUCAAACAUUGUAUUUCUGCCACAUUUGUCAUUAACCGCCGGACACAUUACAUAAAGCUCAACCUUAGUAACCUAUUGCAGGAUAAACUUGUUUUAAUAAGGAGAAACAAUGUGUCGUUUUAGAGUGCUGAGCACAAUUAACUGUAAUUUAUGUGUUUAGAAAGACAGAAAUUACAAAUGUAAUUUGAAUUCUUACAUUCAGCGCUUAAGGAAUAUAAUUCAGACCACAGGCAUGAAUCCUAACAACACUGACGCCAAACAACUCUGCAGGAUCUUUGUAAAGCCUCAAGGUGACUCAGAGAUCAGAUUGAUGCACAACAUCUGAAUCACGUAAUAUUAAAAACAUGCUCCUUAUGUCUGUUUUAAGCUAUGUGUGUGUACGCAUGUGUGUGCUUUAUUGUGACACUUUUCCUGUCUCAGUUCACUGCAUGAGUUAAUUUGACAAGCUCAAUAAACGUGUCACCACUCUGCCCUAAACUGUUUUCUCACAGUCAACCAGCCUUAUCCGUCAUGCUGUCCCAUUACAUUUGGGUGGAGGUGACCCAUAAAUGUUUGUGGCCAUCAACUCACCAAUAAGUUACAUUAAAACACACAACAGAAAUGUUUGGGGGGGGAAGAGACAAUCUAUUGCAACUGGAUGUGAUGAAACCGAGACUCUAAAUUAUGAAAAAUAUGGCAUGUGGCUGUGUCUGUCCCAAUUCGAGAGAAUGAGUUAACAUAUGUUGAGCCAUUUUAAUGAUUGUUCAAGAGAGGGUAGGGGCAGGUGCUGUUUUGGCCUCACGGGAUUUGGAGAAUGAGAAGGGAAGGAGGGGAUUGAGGAAAGUGGAACCUGAUGCCAAAAUCACCCUUUAAUGACAGGAGGCGGGGGUUCACGACGUCAUGCUCGACCUCCUGAGGUUCAGUGUAUCUGAUAAAUAAAGCUCUGAUUUGCACGGCGUCAUUCCAGCAACUCUAAGCAGGUUGCAAAAUGAUGACAAACAUUUCUCUUGAUUACAUGUCAAAUUCGGAUAUUUUGCUACUUUUCACAGCUCCUAAGACCCUCAGGUGUUACUAAUGCAAUCUUCCUACUUCUCAAUGAAAAGAGAGUUUUACUGUUUAUGUUUAAGAUCUCUAAUGCAACUUAUACUGCGUUGUAUGGUCACACACACCCGCAUGUGAGCUGUCCAAAGUGCUCAGAAAGGAAUGACUGCGUAACACCAUCCCAGGCGUGUUCCGAGAGUUACACAAAGACGUGGAGAAUCCGGACAGAACUCAACUUACCACCACAGGAUUGAAACAUUGAGAAUAUUCCUAUCUAGAAAAUGCACUUCUAAGCUCAUUCAGGAUAACAGUUGCCCCCGCUCUGGAUCAGUGACAAUUGGUUGAAAGAAAAGAGAUCAGUUCCUCCUCCCGUAUGAGACAGGAAACACAAUAGGCUGCACAUCCCAGCCUUCAGUGCCGUAGCCAUACAGCUGGUAUAUAUUUAGCUAGCCCCCAAUAUCAAACGCUCUCUCCCACCACCUCCUUCAUCUGCUCUGCUCAUGUGAUUUCCACCAUCAUGUCAGGAAAUGCGUCAUCGGUUCGUCAAGGGGGGAGCCUCUGGGGCGAGGCACUCUAAUAUUAGGAAUUCAAACACACUCCAUCUUAAACCAAAUAGUAUGAUGCAAGAUCAUGAGCAAAUACCUGAGAAAUAUAAAUGCAGCGCAAAUAGUCUUUCUCUUGCAUUGCUUUAGACAAUUAGGGUCAUUUGUUUUUCAUGAACACCAACCUUCUUCUUUGCUUUCAUAGACUUCUCUUGUUUUCGUUUUAUUGUUACACAUAACAAACAGAGAGAAAAUGGCAAAGUUUCACCAAUUCCACCACAAAAACCUAGAAUAAAUUGUUAAGUCAAUAAAGCUCUUGUGUUAUGACCCUAAGCAGGUUGUUCCUGAGGCAGAAUUAAAAAAAAGUGUAAAACAAUAUGCUGAAAAUCAUCCACUGUGACUAAUUACCGAGGAUGACAUAACCAAUUAUUAGGUUGAGGUGAAAAUAGGUUUUCUAUGAAAUUCAUUUUGUUACUUACAUAUCUUUAUUUGAUAUGAAAUUGUGUGUGAUAAUCUGAAACACUUAAGGAUGAUUAAAAGGAAAGCAAAAUUAAAGUAAAUCUGUAAAUUAAUUUUAUGAACUGUGUAUAACAAUGUGUCUGUUGAAAUGGCUUUAUUUUUAUUCACAAUGUGCAGACAAGCAGUGUUAUGUUUUGAGAAAAAUAAAACAAAAAAACAUGGAUUAAAAUUAUUAAAGACA